GGUAUCUUUGCAAGGGAGGGGGGUCCUGUGGUGUGGUUUGGCACACAGGGGCUGCUCCUCGUGGCCAUGGCUCAAAUCCACCGGGGCCCGGCGCCUUUGCAUUUAUGGGGGGCAGCGCGCAGCGGGCCCGGCUCUGGAAAUCAGGCAGGCGCGAGGCCGGGGCUUUUUGGUCUUUCAAACACCACCCCGAUCCCGGGCGGCUAA